CUCCUCUCCAUCCAUUACCUCUGACGCCUUGUUGGAUGCUAGUGAUACGGCCCACUCUCUGGGAUCAACAGUCGAACACAUGAUAGAGAAUCGCGGAAGGUGACCAUUCAUGAAGUCGCGCUCGACAUGGAACGUCCAGUCCGAGAGAUUCCUGGUUACUACUACGACAAAGAGAAGAAGAAGUACUUUAAGAUUCAGUCAAGCGGUGCCGCACCUCCUAGUUCAGCAUACUCUCAACAAGACGUCAAAGAACGGAAAUUAAAUGAUGAAAAAGCAGAAUCAAGAGCCUUGGCAGUAGCACGAGAACGGCGUCGUAUUAAACGCUCGAAGAUUCUCUUAGAGCCUUUAGCUGGAGGUUUACUCGCAAGAGAGAAUGGGUAUGAUGGUCUGGACGCUUCCGAGAUUCUUGCUAGAGGACUUGUGUCCCAGGGAUACAUUAGCGCCAUGAUGCAGUUUUCUUCCUGCAGUAAUCCCUUAUUCGCCUUUGGCCAUAGACCCGACUUGGGUCCGUCGAUAUCAGAUCUUUGGAUAGUAUACGACGACCAACUCUUCACUCUUCGAGUUAACUCGGACAAGCAUGCACGCUCAACGAACCAUGGUUGCGUGGAGAUAUGUCAUGAUUUCAGCGUCCCGGCCAUCAACAACGCAAUCUGGAGGAUCGAAAGGUUUGGUCACUCAGGCACAUCAACAUCUAUCAGCACAAAUGAAGCCAGCCGGCGUUUAGCGAUGACUUGGUUGGCAACCUCAGCACAGGCGGGGAUAGCAGUCACUGCCAUGGCAGGCAUUGGCGAAUUAGACAGCCCAACCAUUAUCCUUGGCCCAGGAUUUUCUCGAGGAUCUGAUGUCAGCAUCUACUCCUCGACUGCAGCUCCAUCCUCCUCGUCCCUCCUCUUUGCCUUCGGAACAGGUCAAGGAAUUCUCUCCCUCGAUAAACAACGUCAUGACAUGAACUGGAUAAGCCCUCAGCCAGUAUCCGGAGAAAACCACCCCAAAGACAUCUUCUCCCUGGAAUUCCUUGACGACAAUCCCUCCAUUCUCCUCUCCGGUGGCAGACCGGGAAUUCUCAACAUCACAGACCUCCGAGUCCCCGUAUUUGGACGCAAUGCAGAUAUAAUUACUCACCCAAGUUCGAUCACGCACAUCAAGCAACUCGAUGCCCACCGCAUAUUGGUUGCUGGUUUGAAUUCCAGUCUCCGUCAAUACGACCUCCGCUUCCGCAAAGAAGCAACACUCUCAUCCGCCUGGCCCCAAACAUUUUCAAAGCAUAGCUCUCGACGUAAUCGCCAUCCUACGAGAUAUAUUCUCGCGUACCCAGAUUACUGCAACGAGGCGACCAUCCAACUCGGCCUCGAUGUUGAUCUCGAAUCUGGCAUCGUAGCAGCGGCUCAAGAGCAAGACGAACAUCGCUCUCAUGUUCAGUUAUUUUCCCUGCACGGCGGACACAAGCUAUGCUCACCAUACCUGUCAAAAAGAAGGUAUGUUGAGGAUGUUGCGAACGUGAAAUGUCUGAGGUUUGCGAGGGAUAUCGAGGGCAGGAUGAAAAGUUUAUAUGUUGGGCAGCCGCCGGAUAUCCAGAGAUUUGCUUCGGCUGAGCCCGAGGAGGCGGAUCCUGAGGAGGCGGAUCCUUAUUGAGGCUGCAUCCCUUAUCUGGUGAUAUUAUGACAAAGGAGUAACAGUUAGGGUUCGGUAUGGAAUCGGAGUUGAGGCUUGGAUAUACUGUACCCUAAUACCAUUUCAGUGGAAUGCUCGUUGAUUAUUCCGGGGCCCCGAGGGAUGUUGAAAAGCUCUAGCCCCUGAAUGACUGUGUAGGUAAGAUUACAACGGGAAGCUUUGACUGUUGAUUAUCCAAGACCCCGAGGGACACUGAAAAGCUCCAACUCCUG